AUGAUGGAACAUCUCUCUCUCAAUGACGCAAAUGCAACCGUAAUUUGUCUGUGCUCCAACGACGAAGAAAUCGAUAAUUUCAGAGGACAACUCAACCAUUCAGUUAUUUCUUAUAAAACCGUCGAUUCAUGCAUCGAAUUCAUUCAAUCGAAUGAAAGCAAAUCGAAAACAUUGCUCAUCGUUUUUCACGAAUUCAUUUCUGAGAUUUUAUCAAAUAUUUCCAUUUUCAAACAAGUGGAUUAUUUAUUUAUUUAUUAUUCAAAACCCAACGACUACAAAUAUAUCUAUCACGAGGAAUUGAAUAUCACUGGAAUUUAUGAUCAACUCGGUCAGCUGUGUUCUUCAAUCAAAGAAGAACUUGAUUUGAUUGAUGAACACAAUUCUAACUGGAUCUUUUACGAUCCAAAGCAGACCAUGGAACGAGAUCUAUCGAAAAAUGCCAAUGAUUUCCUCUGGGUUCAUUUAUUCCACGAACUUAUUUGUUACUUACCACAGGAUGACCUGGCCAAGCGACAAUUCACAGAGCACUUUCCAUCUGAAAAUUUGAACGAUUCGAUGAUUCGAAAAGUCUUUGAAAAUGCACUACGAGAGCAAAAUAUUGAUGAACUUUAUCAGCUGCGAUAUUUCCUUGCAAGUUUAAUUGAGGACAUAAAUGCUCAACAUGAACAACUUCCAUGUCUCAUUUAUCAGUCGAUAAAACUGAGUCCAAAAGAAUUGACAAAGUUCUGUAAAUAUAAAAGUAAACUCUUAUUAUACAAAGGAUUUCUCUCUGGGAAGGAGAAUUCUCCUCGGGAAUAUACUGAUGUUAUUUUGGAAAUUGAAUGCAAUGUUAAUCACUCAAGACAACAAGAAGACAUUUUGUUCGAUUUCAAUACGACAUUCAAAAUCGAACAUGUUCAACAAGUCGAUCAACAAUGUCUUAUUCGAUUGAAGACAGUGAAUGAUGGAUUUUUGAUUACACAGAAAUACAUCCAGGAUACACGUCGCCAUUGGGAUGAUUGGAAUAUUUCAAUUAUAUUUGGUAAAUUUCUGUUUGAUAUGUGUCAAUGGAACCGAUCGCAAAACUAUUUCCAGCAUCUCAAAGAUGAUUAUUCGUCGUGCGAAGAUCUAGCGUGGAUUGAGCAAUCGAUUGGUCAAACUCUUUAUUGGAGAUGCCAAUGGGAGGAAGCCCGCAUACAUUUCGAUCAAGCCUAUGAUCGAAUGACGAACAGCGACCCACCACGUAUCAAAGAUUCGGCUAUAGUGUUGCAUGAUAUUGCUGAGAUUUUCCGAAUGCAAGGAAAACUUGACGAUUCGUACGAGUUCCACGAAAGAGCAUUAGAAAUUCGAAAGAAAUUUUACUCGGGAGAACAUCCAUUGAUGGCCGACAGUUUCGAAUAUAUUUCAUUUGUUCACCGACGGUGGAACAACAAUGCUCAAGCACUCAAUUUCUUGGAACAAGCACUAGCUAUUCGAGAAAAAUAUUAUCAACACUUACACUUUGACAUCGCUCGAAAUUUAUACCAUAUUCAUGGCUCAUUGAUUGAUCAAAACGAACAUAAUAGAGCUUUGUCUAUUCAAGAACGAAUCACAACCAUUUACGCAGAUUCCCUCCCACCUGUACAUUGGCAGAUCGUUGAGAUUAUGUUAUCCAUGAGCUUAUAUUCUUUAUUUCAAAGAAAAUUAUCAAGAGUGCUUGAAUUUGCUAUCAAAAGUUUUGACAAUGAUGCGCAAAAUAUAUCGAUUGGAUAA